AUGCAGUUGACCGAGGAAAGCGAUUCUGUCUCAGUGAGUAGUUCGGACGACGAAGAGCUGAGAACAGUUGAAAGCGUCGAUCUGUGUGAUCGAGUUUUGUGGCCGUCCAGUAAAGAGCAUAGUUUAAUUGCAAAUGCACCGUGGUGCAGAAAACGCUAUCAUCUUUCACUUUAUGGACUUCACGAAGAGAUAAUAGAUUUAUAUAGGUGGUUGAGACCGUCACCACUCGAAAAGGCACUACGAUAUUGUGUUUUCGAACGUGUCCGAUCGGUAAUUGAACGCGUAUGGCCAACUGCAAAAGUGGCCGUUUUUGGUAGUCUUUUCACGAACCUUUUUCUUCCAACAUCCGAUAUCGAUGUUGUGGUGGAAAUUGAGCAUCUUGAUGAGCCCCCUCUGUGGAAAACGGCUGAAUCUUUGAAGGCGUCAGGUAUUGCUGAAACAAUUACUGUUUUGGAUAAAGCAUUUGUGCCGAUCGUAAAGAUGGUCGAUAAAGAUACGAAAAUAUUCUUGGAUAUCUCAUUCAAUACUUCACAAGGCGUACGUACAGCCAAAUAUAUUGAACAAAUGAAAAGCCGCUAUCCGGUGCUUGAGCCGUUGGUACUUAUCUUGAAGCAGUUUCUUAUGCAACGUCAACUAAAUCAAGUGUUCACCGGUGGUCUUUCUUCAUAUGGUCUCAUCUUAAUGCUGAUCAGCUUUUUACAACUUCAUCAUUACGACUUUUCACAUAAGUCAAUCCACGAUGUGAAUAUGGGCAUGAUAUUACUGAGUUUUCUUCAACUUUAUGGUCAAGAAUUCAAUUAUUUAACGACAGCACUUCGUGUUCGUGACGGAGGUGCGUAUGUUUGUAAGGAAGAAAUGAUCACACUUAUGAGUCGACCUUCAAACUCAAUGUUGUGCAUUGAAGACCCUCUUCAACCAGGCAAUGAUAUUGGACGUUGUUCACACAACAUUUUAUUUGUACGUCAAGCGUUCGAUCACGCACUAUGCACGCUGGGUGCGGCUUUUAUUCGUUCACGUGAGAGUUCGCACGCAGAUUGGAUGAAACACUAUGGCGGCUCUUUGCUAUCACAGAUUGUUUCAAUUUCCUCAAGACAUAUCAGAUAUCGAAAUUGGCUGAGUGGUCGAGUGCUGUCGGAUGCGAAUUACCAUCCCAGUAAUAACAACAACAAAUUAACGUCACCGCUGUCCAAUCCAUCAUCUGCCUCUACUCCACUCGAUGCAUUUCCUACUCUUCCGCCAUUAAGCACAUCCAUCUUUAUACAGCCAUCAUCAGAUACUACCACGAAUAGUAAUAAUCCAUCUUCAAAUCAAUCAUCAUCAUGUACCUCACCAAAUACAUGCAUCAAAUAA